AUGGAAGUCAAUGGUGAACCAGAUAUAGCUGGUAUUUUAAGCGCGGCUUUAAUGCCAUUGAAAGAUAUGAAACAUGCAGAUAUUUUGGACCAGUAUGAAAUGAACAUGGCUGAUGGAAAUAUAACACCUGACGUUCUAGAACAUUUAUCUCAAAGAACUACACAGAACCAUAGAGAUGGUAUAUUUGGUGAAGAGUUUAGAAAGAAAGUUAGGGAGAGAGAAGGAAGAGAACCUAUUGUACAUGACCUUGCAAACGAAAGUUUACAAAAUGUCAUAAAAACUUACUUUGCAGACAAUGAACCGAGAAGGGAUGAAUAUUUAAGAAAACUCAAAUGGACAGUACCAAAUGAAAUGUUAGUAUUGAAAAACAUGUUCCUUGACAAAAUAAAACCAACUACAGAAAUAAACGACGCAAGACUGAAAGAUUGGGUAAAAGCUUUCCCAUUCACAAAAGAUAUAGUUGGUAACAUGGAAAGAAAACCAGAAUGGCUACAAAAACAUAUAUUUGGAAACGAGCUUAUUCCAUAUGGACAAGCUCUGUUUGAAGAGCUUGAACCAGAAACUCAGGAAAGAGUCAUGCAAACAAUACGCAAAGACUCAAAUACAGACUAUGACAAACUCUUUCUAGGAUAUAGGUUACCUGAGAUGGGCGACCAGAGCCAAAAGGCAAAAAGGACAUGGGAAAUUUGCAACAUACUAGAUGAACAUAAUGCAAAGAUGCAACAACUUCAAGCAGAGGGCAAUGAAGGAAAAAGAAGAGUUAAAAACUCAGUCAGGAAGAAAGUAAAGCUUGGUCCACGUGGGUUCUAUUAUGACAUAUAA